UCCAUUUUUCUUAUAAAAACGGUAUAGAAAGAAGCAUUUUACGAACUUGCAGGAUGAAGUAACCUUCUUCCCCAAUUUUUCCUCCCAAUUUUUAUCCUUCUGCAAACUACAAACCCUAAUUUCUGCGUCAACAAAUUACUCUUCAAUUUCUCCUCUGUUUUUCGGAGUGUAAUCAUGGCUUCUGGAUCGUCUAGUCGACCUAAUUCGGGUUCCAAAGGUUUCGAUUUUGCUUCUGAUGAUAUACUUUGUUCUUACGAAGAUUACACUAAUCAGGAUUCGUCUAAUGGCGUUCACUCCGAUCCAUCUAUUGGAAUUAAUUCUGCCAAGGAUUUUCAGAAAAGCAGAAUUUCAAGGUCAUCAGUGUUUCCGACAGCUAAUGUCUAUAGUCAGCCUGAGGACUCCUUGAGCCAAGAAAUGAUUUCAACUGUUGAAAGAACCAUGAAAAAAUAUUCUGACAAUCUCAUGCGUUUCUUGGAGGGAAUUAGUUCCCGCCUCUCGCAAUUGGAGUUGUAUUGCUACAACCUCGAUAAAUCCAUCGGGGAAAUGCGUUCUGACUUGGCCCGUUAUCACGGGGAAUCAGAUUCAAAGCUGAAAUUUCUGGAGAAGCACGUUCAAGAAGUACACAGAUCAGUCCAGAUACUUAGGGAUAAGCAAGAAUUAGCUGAAACUCAAAAAGAACUUGCCAAACUUCAGCUUGCACAGAAAGACUCCUCAUCUCCAGGCCAAGAUGAGAAAAAUAAGGUACCUACCCCAGAACAGAAGAAUGACGAUGUGUCAGAUGCCCCUAACACCCAAUUGGCCCUGGCAUUGCCUAGUCAAAUUAGCCAACAACCCUCUCAUGCCGCUGUGCAGCAGCAGUCUAUUCCGCCCCCACAACCUCCUCCAUCACAAACUCAUAGUCAAAUGCAGCCAUAUUACUUGCCUUCUAAUCAGUUGCCAAAUUCCCAAGCUCAGUCACACCCUUCGUAUCUUUCAACUGAUGCUCAGUAUCGAGAGCCACAGUUACAAGCUCCCCAACCAUCACAAACUCAAGUGAAUCAGACAUCACAGACCCAACAAUUUCCUCAGUAUCAACAACAGUGGCCGCAGCAAGUCACUCAAUCUAUGCAACCACCCCAUCAACUACCAGCACAGCCACCCCAGCAACCGCAAAUGCAACCGUCAAUGCAACCACAGAAUCAGAUUAGGGCUCCCAAUCCCCAAUCAAGUGUCUAUCCUCUUUACAUGACUAGUCAACCUAUGAAUCCGCCGCCUCAAGAUGGAAUAUCAGGCAGCACGCCUAUGCAGAUUCCGUUUCCAGGAAUUCCACACCCAGGAAUGGGUCACCCGGAAGGAAGGCCUUAUGGGUAUGGUGGGGCCGGUAGACCUGUUCAGCCCCAGCCUUCCCCACAUAUGAAGGGUGGUUUUCCAUCUCACCCAGGUGAUGGAUAUAAAACUGGUUCUGCCGGAACUUACAUGCUAUAUGAUGGUGAUGGAGGCAGAUCUCAUCAACCUCCUCAACCAACUCACUACUCUCAAGGUGUCUACCCUCCUCCUAACCCAUCAGUUCAAAACCAGCCACCCCCACCCCCACCCCCAAACAGUAGCAAUCAUAUGAUUCGCAGCCCGAGCCCCCAGCAAUAUGUGCGCAGCCAUCCUUAUAACGAGCUUAUAGAUAAGCUGGUGAGCAUGGGUUACCGGGGUGAUCAUGUGGCGAGUGUGAUUCAAAGGCUGGAGGAAAGUGGGCAAGCUGUCGAUUUCAAUGCUGUACUUGACAGGUUGAACGGGAAUUCGUCUGGCAGUUCUCAACAAAGCUGGUGACUUAAAAAAAUAAAAUCCUGGUACAAUGCAACUGCUUCUAUUAUUAUUGCAGUUGUUCUCUAUAUCCAUGUUUAUAAUAAAAUCUGAUAUGAUAUGCACAGUAUUUGGUUGCAUUUGGACAUGGAGGGUUCGAAAAAGUUGUAUAUUUGCGUUGUUACUCGUUAGUAUUAGUCGUCUUUCAGUAUCCAGACCGUCUUGCUGUUUUAUUAUGCGAGAUUGUCUCGUCUUUAUUUACUGCUGUUGCUAGGCAAAUGUCCAGUUUCUGGGAUUUGUCUUUGUGUUGUUUGACUCCAAUAUUUGUAUCAACUUAAAUUGCUUUUCUCAAUUUGAUGAAUGAUUUGGCAGAGACAA